AUGAGUCAAGGUAACCCUCCUCCAAAACUCCCCUCUCCAGACCACAACAACAGUAUCUCUCCUCCUAGUACCUUACACCCCAAACCUCGCUCUGCGGUGCCUUCGUACCUGUUGAACGGCUCUUCUCCUCUGCACCGCUCUCAAACUACAACAACCCGAGCGCAGGAACGAGAGAACUUGGCUUCUUCGAUAAAGGCUACCUACGGCCGACGGAAGACAAUAGAUCUCACGGCCGAAAGCGCGACCGCCUCGCAAGCUACCAUGCAAAGCGGGACAUCAUGGCUGGGCCUAGAUCAUGCGCAAAAAGACCCCGAAUCCAAACGUCUGCCACAACUCCACACCCCAGCCCGAGAUGAGAGAGAUGAAGCACCACCCACGCCUCCUGCCUCUACCGUCUCACGCCCUGCAAGCCCAUAUACACUAAACCCGCCCAUCGACUUCGACGGCCUCUCCUGGCCCUGCAUCGGGACUCGCGAACGCCUCGAACAAACUCCUGAACAAGCACAAGCUCGUCUAGACAAACUUGCCGGUGCAGUCAGGACGAUAUUCGAAUGUAUAGGCGAAGACCCUGAUCGUGAGGGGUUGCGAGAUACUCCAGAGAGAUAUGCGAAGGCGUUGAUGUAUUUCACCAAGGGCUACGAGGAGAAUGUUCGAGAUUUGGUCAAUGGGGCAGUCUUUCAUGAAGAUCACGAUGAAUUGGUUAUUGUGAAGGACAUUGAAGUGUUCAGCUUAUGUGAGCAUCACAUGGUGCCGUUUAUUGGGAAAAUGCACAUUGGUUAUAUUCCUAACCGGCGCGUGCUCGGACUGUCCAAGCUGGCCAGGUUGGCGGAGAUGUUCUCGCGCAGAUUGCAAGUUCAAGAACGGUUGACGAAACAGGUUGCACUGGCGAUUGCCGAGGUGUUGAAACCACAGGGCGUCGCGGUUGUGAUGGAGAGCAGCCAUCUCUGCAUGGUGAUGAGAGGUGUGCAGAAGACGAGUAGCUCGACAACGACGAGUUGCAUGCUGGGCGCUAUGAGGAGCAGUGCCAAAACGAGAGAGGAGUUCUUGAGCCUGUUGAAUCGGAGGUGA